AUGGCAGCUCCUGCUCAAGCGAGCACCCUUCGGUCAUCCUCAUGUUUGCCUCAGCGUAUCGACCGAUCAUCUCCUCGCCCUCGGCCAAGCGAGCCUAUAGCUCAUCCAACUGAGCCGAGUCCAGCAGACCCAAUGCCAUGGCCGUUAAGGGUGGUACUGAGACGAAACCGUAGACAGGCGGUAGGCUUGAAUCGGAGUUUUAAUGAAGUUUUGGCGAUCAAAAUAAGCUCGAUGGCGGAACCAUUUUUCACUUUUACCCCUCACUUUCUCUCUCUCUCUCUCCCGCGUCUCCUCCCUCUGCGUGCGACAGCUCUCCUCCGUCACUGUGCAAACCGAACGGAAACCACCGUGCCGCCGCCGCCACAGUCCACGACCGUCCUCGAGACCGGUCCCGUUCGACUCGUCCUGAAGUCCCGAUCAAAACCCACUUGUUAUCCCAACUGGAAAGCUCGAAGUCCGGCCACGAUAUUGACUGGUUCAAACCGGAGGUUUUCGCGCUAUUGCACUGCCGUCUCCGCCCUCCAUUUCCGGUGA